CAAGCUAUGUAUACCUGAUGUUUCACAUUGCAUAUGUCCGAGUGCACAUCACUGCGUUCUUGCAGCACACAACCAUAGUUGCCGAGAGCGAGAACGUUAUCAAAGCCCCCACGGUGGUCGGCAGCAAGAAUAUUCCUCCCGUUCUGUUCAGGGGUGUAGGCUAUGUCGUUGUAGGCACAAACUUCUUGUGUUAUGAAGCUCUGACUGCCCCUUCAAUAGCUUACAGUUAUAACCCAGACAACAAGAUCACUGAGUACCCGCACGCAGUGGGCAAGAACACUCUGCUCGUGUCGGCUCUGCAAGCGAGGAACAAUGUGCGCGUCGUGUUCUGUGGCUUUCUGGUCUUCUUCAGCGACAAGCUCUUCACCUCUCCUGUCCUAAAUGCGCACGGCGGAAAGCGGUACGAGAGCGCCAGCAACCAGGCACUUCCCACGGCCCUCUCUCAAUGGGUGUUCAAGGAGAAGAAGGUGCUGAGGGCACAGAAUGUUCGCCACCACGCCAAGGACCAGAAGAGGCCUCCGGAAGCGUACACCAUUACGGACGACGUCGUACGUCUCAUGAAACGAGACAGCCAUUGGGUGCCCUUUGACGCCGACGACUUGCAGAUGGAGUUUGUUCUCAUCGAUUCGUUUGUACGCACCAAGCUGGUCGAGAAAGGUCAGAAGUGCGAGUCCCAAUUCAAGGUUUUGGACGUUUACGGAGUGUACCAGUUCAAAGUGGGCUACAACCGUGUCGGCUGCACGCAUCUCGACACUAUACCACUCGGGCAGGUGUCCGUGCAGCCGCUGCAGCACACGCAGUACGAGCGCUUCAUCCCAUCGGCGUACCCUUACUGCCCAAGCGCCUUCUCCAUGAUGUUCGGCGUGUUCCUACUCAGCUGCAUUUUCCUCCACCUAGGACAUCCGCGUCACAACAGUUGUGGAGCUUUUACAUACUAA